AUGAAGAAAGUAACUGAUAAUUCAACAAAAUCUAAAAAUCAAACAACUCUUGGACAAUAUUGGUCAUCAACUGCAUCUAAAAUGUCAAAACCUACUAUUAAACAUGAACCAAUGGUUCAAGAAGAUGAUGAUAUUGAAUUACUAACUGCUAUGGAACAAUUUGAAAAAAAUAAUACUCCUUCUCGUUCAAUAACCACUACCACCACUACUACUACAACGAAAACAACAACAACAGCAUCAACAUCAAAAUGGCCAAUAUCUCAUAAACCAGAACAAAAUUCCAAACAAACACAUCAAGCAUCAAUAACAGCACCUCCAAAUGAUAAUGAACAAAUGCAUACAUAUCCUGAUUUUGAUCGACAAUCAGGUCGUAUAUGGAUUUAUCCAACAAACUAUGAAAAACGUGAUUAUCAAUAUAAAAUAGUUAGUAUGGCAUUAUUUCAAAAUACACUUGUUGUUUUACCAACUGGUCUUGGAAAAACAUUUAUAGCUGCAGUUGUUAUGUUUAAUUAUUGUCGUUGGUAUCCAACAGGUAAAAUCAUAUUUACUGCUCCAACUAAACCAUUAGUUGCUCAACAAAUGGAUGCUUGUGCUAAAGUCAUGGGUAUACGAAAAAGUGAAAUGUGUGAAAUGACUGGUGGUGUUAGUCCAGAAGAACGAAAAAGACUUUGGUUAGAAAAACGAGUCUUUUUUUUAACACCACAAACAUUAAAUAAUGAUCUUGUUAAAUCAACUUGUCCAUGGUCAAAAAUUCGUUGUUUAAUUAUUGAUGAAGCUCAUAGAGCACUUGGUCAACAUGCUUAUUGUCAAGUUGUUCAAGAAUUAUGUAAAAAUGGUGAAGAAUUUCGUGUUCUUGGACUUAGUGCAACACCAGGAAAUAAUGUUGAAGCUGUACAAAAUGUAAUUAAUAAUCUUAAAAUAUCUCAUAUUGAAAUGCUUACAGAUGAUUCACCUGAAAUAAAAAAAUAUAGUUUUGAUAAAGUAAUUGAUAAAAUUGUUGUUGGACCAAAUCAAUUAAUGCAAAAUUUACGACGAUGUAUCUUAAAUAUACUUAAACAACCAGUUGAAACACUUAAUCGAUUAGGAAUUUUAUAUCAAAAAAGUCCAGAAUAUAUUACAAACGGAUCAGUUAUUUUGACAAUGAAAAGAGUGGCAAAAGAUAAACCAGCUAAUUUAAAUGACAAACAAUAUCAAGAAGCUAAAAAUGCACUUUUCUUUGCUAUAUCAUUUUUUCAUGCUCUUGAUGAAUUAGAAAAACAUGGUCUACAAUCUGUAUAUAAUUUCUUUAAAAAAAAAUUAACUGAAGAUAAAAGAAAUGGUUCUUUACAUUUCACAUUUCGAAAUAAUUCUGAAUUAAGUGAAAUAUAUACUGAAUUACAAAAUUUAUUUGACUUAUCACAAGUUAGUACACAACAACGAUGUCAAACCAGUCUUCUAAUAGCUCAUCCUAAAUUAUCAAAAUUACGUGAAUGUGUUGUCGAACAUUUUCAAACAUUUGAACGUACAAAAACAAAACCAACCGAUCAAACACGAGUUAUUAUAUUUAGUGAAAAACGUGAUAGUGUUAGAGAAAUAACAGAACUUCUUGAACAAGAUCGACCAUUAGUUAAACCAAUGUCAUUUAUUGGACAAGCAACAUCUCAUGGUGCAGAGGGUAUUAAUCAAAAAUUACAGAAAAAAGUUGUGAAUGAUUUUCGUGCUGGUGGUUAUAAUGUACUUGUUGCAACAUCAAUUGGUGAAGAAGGUUUAGAUAUUGGUAGUGUUGAUUUAAUUAUUUGUUUUGAUGCACUUAAAUCACCUAUUCGACUUGUUCAACGUAUGGGUCGAACAGGACGUGCUCGACAAGGUCGAAUUGUUCUUCUUAUGACUGAAGGUAAAGAAGAACGAACAUAUUAUGAAGGUGAAAUGCAACAAAAACGUAUAUUUAAAUUAAUUGUUGAUGGUGCACGUAUGUUACAAUUAUAUCGUAAUAAUCUUCGAAUGGUUCCCCAUGAUAUUCAACCAAUAUGUCAAGAAAUGUUAAUUAAAAUGAAUGAUGAAAUAGAUCUAUCAGAAAAAGAUAAUAAAAAAAAAUUCAAAACCAAUGAUUCUGAUUUUAAGACAAUGAUUAAUAAAACUAAACAACAAGAAACUUUAUUGAAAUUAUUUCGUAAAGAUAAAUUACUUAAUGAUAAUGAAUUUUAUCAUUGGGUAAGAAAUUAUCAAUUAAAUGAUAAUAAUGAUGAUGACAAAAUGCCUACUCCUAUUAAAGAUCGUUUGAUUUUAAUGACUAAAACAGCCAUGAAAAAAUGGUCAAAUGAACAACGAGAAAUUCAAAGUCCUUCAAUGCACUCAUCGCGAACAAAAAUAUUUGUAAAUUUUAUGAAAAAUUAUACAAACGAAAGAGUUUAUGUUGAUAUUCCAAAUAAUACAUGGCCAAUUGAUGAAUCAAUAACAAAACAUGAACCAACAACAGUAGAAACCAAUAUUCCUAAUCGACCGAAAAUGCCAUCACCAUUUGAUCGAUCAAAAUUAGAAGACCAAAUAAAAACUAAACGAUCUUGUUCGCCACUUGAUCUAGCAAAAAUGCCAGAAGAAUGUGAUCAAUUAUUAAAUCUUCAACCAAUUAUUUAUCAACAACAAGAAGAAAUACUUGAUGAAGAAAUUGAUUGUGGAGAUUUAUUUGGUACUGGUUCAAAAUUUGACGUAACGUCUACACAUUCAGAAUUAAUUCUUCCAGAAGUAUCAAAUUCAGUACAAAAUAAAUCAAUACAGGAUCAUAAUGAUGAUAUUGUAUGUUCUAAUGUUACAAUUAAUGAUAAUAAUGACAAUAUUGGAAAUUUUAAUAUUACUAUUGAUGAUCUAUUUCCAUCAUCUCAAGUAUCUCAUUCAUCUCCAACAUUACAAUUAAAUGAUAUACAAUCUCAACAGAAAAAUGUUUUUGAUGAUGAUGAUAUGGAUGACGAUGAAUUAUUAGAAGCCUUUAAUAAACAUAUUGAAUCAUCAUCAAAUCAGAUAACUAAUCCAAGUCCUGUAUUAAUACUUACUAAUAGAAUUAAUACACAAACUCAAGAAAAUAUUCAAACAACUGAUGUUACAUUACCAAAAUUUGAUUUAGAAUUUAGUUUUGAUGACCUUGAUAGCAGUGAUGAACAAAUGGACAAUGUACUUGACAUUACUAAAUAUGAAACAACGAAUAAAAAUAAUGUAACAACAUGUUCCGAUAAAUUUGAAACACCAAUUCGACGAGUUCCAUCUAAAAAACGUAUUCGACGUCUUUCAACAACAACACCUGAUAUAAUUGAAAGAAAAAAAUCUAAAAGUGUACAAGAACUCAAUAUUAAACAACAAGAACGACAUUUUCAUCGACGACUUGCAUCAGAUUUUCUCGAUCGUGAAGCUAUUGUUGAUGAAGCAUUGUCUAAUAUAGUAUCAUCUGAUGAAGAUGAAAAUGAUGAUAAGAAUCACCAUAAUAAUGAUCUAAAUGAACAUGAUCAUUUUAUUGAUGACCGACAAGUUCUAACACAAAUGGCAAAUAUCGAUAUGACAAGUGUUUAUUUAAAAAGUAUAAAAAGUCCAAAAGUAAAUUUCCGUCCGCCACCACCACCGAUUCCAAUUGAAGAUAUUUAUUCUCAAUUACCAAAUAUGACAAUGCAUGAUGAUAAUUAUGAUGAAGAUGAUAGUUUUGUUGAUGAUACAACACAAAUAAUAGAUGAUCAUCAUGGUGAAGUUGAUUUUGAUGAACUCGCAAAUAUUCUUGGCACUCAAUCAGUUGUACAUCGUCAAAGUAAAGUAACAAGACGUGGAGUUAAAUUCGGACGAACAUCAGAAACAACAACACCUAAACGAAAACCAACACGUCGAGUUCAAAUAGCACAAAGUCCUAUGUAG